AUGCAGCUGCAUAUUUCUCCAAGCCUGCGGCAUGUAACGGUGUUGCCGUCAAAAGGGUUGAAAGAGUUCAUCAAAGUUAAAGUGGGAUCGAGAAGAUUCUCAUACAGGAUGGUGUUUUAUUCACUUCUCUUCUUCACAUUCCUCCUCCGUUUCAUCUUCGUCCUAACCGCCGUCGAUCACAUUGAUGGAGAAACCAAGUGUUCAACUAUUGGUUGCUUAGGGAAAAAGUUAGGGCCAAGAAUACUAGGAAGAAGAAUUGAAGCAAAUGUCCCAGAAGUGAUUUAUCAAGUACUGGAGGAACCUGUAAACCCAGAUGACCGACAAACAGGUGUUGAAAUCCCUCAAACUCUGGAAGAUUUUGUAGCAGAAUUGAGAGAUAGCAGGCCAGAUGCCAAGGAAUUUGCUCAGAAGCUUAAGGCUAUGGUCACUCUCCUUGAACAAAGAACAAGAAAUGCCAAGGUUCAAGAAUACCUCUAUCGCCAUGUAGCGUCAAGUAGCAUUCCAAAGCAGCUGUAUUGUCUUGCUCUGAGAUUGGCCAAUGAGCAUUCAACCAAUGCAGAUGCUCGACUCCAGCUUCCAUCAGCAGAACUUGUCCCUGCCCUGGUCGAUAACUCAUAUUUCCAUUUUGUGCUCGCCUCUGACAAUGUUCUUGCGGCCUCAGUUGUGGCAGCAUCACUGGUGCAAAACUCGUUGCAUCCUGACAGAGUUGUCCUCCAUAUAAUCACAGAUAGAAAAACCUAUUCUCCAAUGCAAGCAUGGUUCUCAUUGCAUCCUUUGGCACCAGCAAUUAUUGAAGUUAAAGGAUUGCACCAUUUUGAUUGGUUGACAAAGGGCAAAGUCCCAGUGCUGGAAGCAAUGGAAAAAGACCAAAAGGUGCGAUCACAGUAUAGGGGAGGGUCGUCAGCUAUUGUGGCUAAUAACACUGAGAAGCCUUAUGUUAUUGCUGCCAAAUUGCAAGCACUCAGUCCCAAGUACAAUUCACCAAUGAAUCACAUUAGGAUUCACUUGCCUGAGCUAUUUCCCAGCCUCAACAAGAUAGUCUUCCUUGAUGAUGACAUAGUGAUUCAAACAGAUCUUUCACCUCUAUGGGACAUUGACAUGAAAGGGAAAGUGAAUGGAGCAGUAGAAACUUGCCAAGGAGACGAUAAAUUCGUCAUGUCAAAACGAUUCAAGAGCUAUUUGAACUUUUCCCAUCCACUGAUCGCAAAAAGUUUUGAUCCUAACGAAUGUGCAUGGGCCUAUGGCAUGAACAUUUUUGAUCUGGAAGCUUGGAGGAAGACCAACAUAAGUCAGACAUACCAUCACUGGCUCGAUGAGAACUUGAAAUCAGACUUGAGUUUGUGGCAACUAGGUACAUUACCUCCAGGUCUAAUAGCAUUCCAUGGCCAUGUCCAUGUUAUUGAUCCCUUCUGGCACAUGCUAGGACUUGGUUACCAAGAAAAUACAACCAUUGCCACUGCUGAAAGUGCUGGUGUCAUUCACUUCAAUGGCAGAGCAAAGCCUUGGCUAGACAUUGCAUUUCCUCAACUUCGGCCACUAUGGACCAAGUAUGUGGACUUCUCCGAUAAAUUUAUCAAGGUCUGCAAUAUCAGAGCGUCUUAG